UCGAUCUGAGCAUGCGCACUGAGUGUCGUACCUAACAACACAGAAACCAUAAAGCGUGUUUACGGAAUUUAAAUUGGACGGUGAGAGUUUUAAAGAAAAAGAAAAAGCGUCCUGUGAAGAAUCCAGGGAUGAAGUUCCCUGUGGACCUCCUGGCUGAUGUUAGCCAGACCGAGCUGGAACGGUUGGGUCACAACUACAUGAACAGCCUCCUCUACAGCGACCCUGAUUCUCCUGAACACCUCACCCUCUCUGACUCCACCCAGGUCACCAUAGACAUUACCAGUGCGGGUUUCGUCCCUCUGUAUGGAUCCAGUGAUAAACAGAAGAUCCUGGCCCUCUUCUCUCCCAGUGACCCACUGACUGCUGUGGGUUUGUACCUGCUGGACCAGUGGUGGGCAGUGGACGACAUUCUCAAGACGGCAGACCCUGCUCGAGAUGGAGCUGUGGAGGUGGAGACAGUAGGAGAGAGAAUAGUUUUAUACAUCCUUAAUCGUGUCAUCUAUAGAGCCAAGGAGAUGAGCUCCUCUGAAGAGCUUCCCUUCCUCUGCCAUGGAGAAAAAGAUAAUGCAAAAAUCCUCUGGAGUAAUGGAGAGGCUGUUGGCUUCUACUCCGUCAAACCCGCAGGCAGCUCUUGUAAUUCUUAUUCAACCAGAAGCUAUCUGCUCCCUGUGAUGGACUCCAUAUUUGUUAGAAAAUGUCAGCGUGGUAAAGGCUUUGGCGUCCAGAUGCUGGAGGACUUUGUGCUCAGUUUCAAAGAGGACUGUCUGGGGUUGAGGUGGCCCCUCACAAAAUCCAUGUAUAAAGUGUGUGAGAAGUACCUGUGUCAGUACCCAGGAGACACAGACCUGCUGUGGGAGGUGGAGAGCAUAGGUUUAUCCAACCAGAGGACCAAUAUCGCCAGCAAGAUCCAGGCCAUGGAUAAGAGUGUAGUAUCCAAGAGUCUGACUUUCACUGAGGAAUCACUUGUGAUUACUGAAAUGACUGAAAAGGAUAUGAUGAUGGAGGCAAUUACCACUCAAAUACAAGAAGCUGGAUCUAUGGAAUGCACAGUAGAAAUUGUGGAGGAAGUGAAACUACUGAGCGCUACCAAAGAGGCUGAAGUACCCCUUACAGCCCGGGGUAGGAGUAGUGGCUCAAAACGAAGAAAGAUGGGAGAAAAGAUUGCAGAGGACAAGUCAGAAAAAGUAAUCAGAAUUGAGGAUAUUGAAGCAGAGACGCCUAGAGAGGAGCAUGUUUCAGCGCAACAGAAGACAGAACUACAUGUCUCUGAAUUGGUGCAGACUGAGGGUAUGUUCAGUGUGGCUCCUGAAGAACAAGUGGAGGAUGUAGUUGAUACUGCACCUGAAGAAGCAGCCAUAGUGUCUGACCAACCAGCCACUGUCCUGGCCCCACAAGACCUAGAAGAAGCUGAUAUUACAUCAGGACCUACGACUGAGGAGCCACAAGCAGAAGGUGAUGCCCCACAGGAUCUGAACAACUCCUCUCAUGACUCACAGAUAACAGUUGAGAAUGUGGCAUCAGAAAUUGAGGAAGAGCUUGAGAAGGAAGACGCCGCAGAGCUGGUAGUCUCUGAAGAGGUUUUGGAUGACCACAAAGAAAAAGAAACUCUGGACGAAGUGGGAGCGGAAACUCAAGUUGUCACUGAUGAAGAGUCGGAAGAAAGAGUUACACAACACGAGGCAAGUCUAUCAACACGUGCAACAUCAGAGAAUGGUGAAGCUGGUAAAACAGAAAGAACCGUUGUAAAGGACAUAACAACUGUACAGAGUAGAACCCCCAUACGGAGAUCUACGCGGCACAGCAAGCUAGAGGAGGAAACUACAGCCCAGGAUGGAGGGCUAAUUUUGAGGGGACGAGCUCUUAUGAGCCCAGCCCCACCAAAACGCAAAUAUACCCGACGCAGCCAGAAAGUAUGUGAAGAAUUAGAGAAAGAGGUCGAAGAAGUGGCAGAGGAGAAAGACGGUUCUACAACUGAAGUAGAGGAGGAGUUAGCUGUAACUGAGGGAGAAGAACAAGAAGAAACGUCCUCCAUAAAGGAGGAUGUAGUUGAUACUGCACCUGAAGAAGCAGCUAUGAUGUCGGACCAACCAGCCACUGUCCUGGCCCCACAAAACCUAGAAGAAGCUGAUGUUACAUCAGGACCUAUGACUGAGGAGCCACAAGCAGAAGGUGAUGCCCCACAGGAUCUGAACAACACCUCUUGUGACUCACAGAUAACAGAUGAGAAUGUGGCAUCAGAAAUUGAGGAAGAGUGUGAGAAGGAAGACGCUGCAAAGCUGGUGGUCUCUGAAGAGGUUUUGGAGGACCGCAAAGAAGCAGAAACUCUGGACAAAGUGGGAGAGGAAACUCAAGUUGUUGUCACUGAUGAAAAGUCAGAAGAAAGAGUUACACAACACGAGGCAAGUCUAUCAACACGUGCAACAUCAGAGAAUGGUGAAGCCGGAAAAACAGAAAGAACCGUUGUAAAGGCCAUAACAACUGUACAGAGUAAAACCCCCAGACGGAGAUCUAUGCGGCACAACAAGCUAGAGGAGGAAACUACAGCCCAGGAUGGAGGGCUAAUUUUGAGAGGACGAACUCUUAUAAACACCCCCCCACCAAAACGCAAAUAUACCCGACGCAGCAAGAAAGUACGUGAAGAAUUAGAGAAAGAGGUCGAAGAAAUGGCAGAGGAGAAAGACGUUUCUACAACUGAAGUAGUGGAGGAGUUAGCUAUAACUGAGGGAGAAGAACAAGAAGAAAUGUCUACCAUAAAAGAAGAUGUAGUUGCAGUGGAAGAAUUAACAGAAGAAACGCAACAGCUGAAAGAUGAACACCUGACAAAUGAAGAGAAGACAGAGGAACAACAGGAGCCUGGGGUGGAAGACACUGUAGUGAAGGGGAGUUCCACAGAGCUUCCAGAUACAGCAGAGAUGGCACUAACAGAGGAAAAUGAGGAUGGAAAAGUAACCGAUGAAUCUGAGAAAGAACCAAAUGGGGAGGAGGUAGAACCAUCAGUGAUACAGGAUAAAGAAGGUAUCCCUGUUGAAACAGAGGAGCCCCCUGCAGGAGGUUCUGCUAGUGAAGAGACAGCAGAUGAGCAAGCAACAGACAAACAGAUGGAACAAGAGGGGACUGUUGACAAAACAGAAGAAGAGAUGUCAACCGAAGAACUAACUGUUGUGGAAGAAGGUACAAUUCCAAAGGCAGAGGAAGCAGCAGAGGACAUUAUACCUUUGACUGAGGUGAACAUGGAGGAGAGGAAAGAAGUACAGGAAGAGGAAGAGACUGAGGGAGAGACCGAGACUGUAUCAGUGAUGGAAGCAGAAAAUAAGGAAGAGGCAGUCAGUGUCUCUGGUGCGACAGAUGACAUUAUACAAGAGCCUGUUGCUGCUGCUGCUUCAGAAACAGUAAUACCUGAUAAGGUUCUAAGUGAGGCUGUUGUACCAGCAGCUGAAGAGCCUCAGAUAAAGGACAUUGGCUCUGAAAUCCCCAAGAUCCAGAAAGCCACUGUCAUCUUAGUGGACAUAAAAACAACCUGCCAUACUCUUAGUGUGAAGGAGGCAGAAGAAUCACCAGUUAAUGGAGACAGUGCUGAUCCAGAAAAGCAACAGGAAGAGGAAGGUGGAGGGAUGCAGGAAAACAUUCCAGAAAAAUCUGUAGAUGUGACUGCGGAGGCAGAGAUUGUCGAGAAGGAAGAGCUUGAAUCAGACAAUUUUGAAAAAGAAAACCAGCAGCAGGAGGAAGACAACAUAGGUGAGGAUAUUACUGAGAAGGAGGUAGAUGCAGAAACAGGCACUGAUGAGGUGGAAGGAGAGAUGGAAGCUGUGGCAAAGGAUACAAUCACAGUAACAGUUCCAGUGGAGGAGAAACAGUCUGCAGUUUCUGAGAUAUGUGCAGAUAGAGAGGCAGACAUUCCAGUAGGAGAUGAUGCUGAAGAGAAUCUUCCACCAGCAGAGGUAGAUGAGGCAAUGAGCUCGGAAGAGGAAGAACCACCAGUUGUUGAAACCAGAGCUCUGAGAGGUAGAACAAAAACAAGCAAAGCUACACCAGUACGCAAAUCAACAAGAAGCAGAAAGCAAGUGGAUGCACAAGAAGCAGAAAACAGUGACGAAGAAGAACCAGCAGUGACAACAAGAACACUGAGACGUGGGAGGAUAUCUGUCCCUGACACACCUAAAGGCAAAUCCAGAAGAAGCCAAAAGGAGGGAGGAGGGGCAUCUACGGAAAAGAGCACUGAUGGAAAUGAACUUCCAGUAGAAACAAGAAUUUUGAGAAGGGGAAGGAAGUCUGCUCGUGGACGCCCCAAAAAAGUCCAGAAAGAGGAAGAGAGACCAAAGGAAUCAGCUGAGGAAUCAGAGGUAGAGGAAGAAGAAGAAGAAGCAGGACUGGGAUCAGCCGAAGAGCCACCAACAGAAGGGGAUGAGGGGAAAGCCCCAGAGGAGGAUAAGAUAGAGGUGGAGAAUGAAGAACUUGUUACUGCAGAAGUGGAAAAAGGAGAGUCCGAAGAAGGAACAAUGACCAUGACUGAAGAUGAAGAGAACACAGCUGGAGUGACAACUGCUGCACAUGAUUUAGUACAAGGAGAUGCACCAUUACCCAAACCGGCUACAGACGCAGCUGUCCUUGCACCUAGUGAAGAAGACGCAGCACCUUCAGCAGAGGAGCAACAGAAUGAGGAAAUGGCACCACAUCUUUCCGAUCUCCGAACAGUGACAGUAGUUUUAGUGGACCUGCAAAAACCCCAUCAUGACGUCCAGGAAGAAACAGCAGCUCCAGACGAGUGCCCUCCUGUUCAAAAGACUGCUGCUGAGGCAGAAGAAGAGCAGAAGGAAGAAACAACGAAAGAGGAAGACAAAUUGGCACAGGAGAAUGUCCCUGGGUCCCCUGUGGGAACAGAAGAGGAAGGGUUUGAGGAUAAAGUGGAAGCAGUCUCAAUACAAGAGACCGCACUGAGCACUGAGGAGACCGCAAAAGAAGAGGAGGCUAUAAGUAGUAAUAACGAGGAGCAGGAACCUACAGUCCCCGAAACCAGAAUGCGGAGCAGUAGAAAGAAAGCAGUCGAAGACACACCAAGAACCAAAUUAGCAAGAACCAGACAGAAAAGGGGUGAAGUAGAAGAGGAGGCAGCUUCAGAAAUUCAGAAAGAGGAGCCGGCAGUUCAAGUCCGGGUUUUGAGGAGGGGAAGGAAGUCUAUCCCUGUGACACCGAGAUCUACAACAAAAAGAACCCGCAAGCAACUCCAGGAAGAAGAAGAAGAGGAAGGAGAGGAAUCUACAGCAGAGGAAGAAGAGGAAAAACAGCAGAUGAUUGAUCAGGAGAAGGGCGAGAGACUCGAAGAAAGGGAUGCAACUGAACAAGUAGAAAAUACAGCAGUAGAAAUGGGCAUAGAGAAAGAGGACACUGUGGCAGAGGAAGCUGUCAUACAACAAGAUGCUCCAGAGCAGGGACAGGCCGACAGUACGGAGACAGUUGCAGAUGAUGUCACCGAGGCUCCAGUUGGACAACAUGCUGAUGAGGGAAAGACCUCGGUUGUUCCAGAGGAAGCAGUCACAACACAAGACACAGUGGAGGGGGAACAGUCAAUGUCCACAUCCGAAGUGGCGGAAAGUGCAGCUGGAGAACGUGCACAAGAGACACUGUUGACAGCAAAGGACGACCAGGCAAAAGGUGCGUCUGAGGAGGAGGAAGCACCAGUUGUUGAAAGAGUUUUGAGAAGUGGAGGAAAGACAACGAGAGCCACAAGAAGAAGCAAAACCACAAAACAACAAGAUGUUGAGCAAGAGGAAGAGGCAACUGGAGAGAAAAGCACAGAAGAAGAUGAACCAGCAGUAGAAGCAAGAGUUCUGAGGAAGGGAAGAAAGACUGCUGCUGCCACACCUAGACGUAAAUCCAAAAGAGCCCGUACACAGUGUCCGACGGAGGAAGAUGAGGAAGAAGAAGAAGAAGAAGAAACUACUCCACCUGAAGAGAUACAAGUAGAGGAAACCAAAGCUGUGCUGGAAGAAGCUGGCGAAAAAGAGAAAAGCAGAGAUGAAAAGGUUGAAGUAAAGGAUGGUGACGAAGCUGCAGCUCAGGAAGAGGAAAAUACAGAGCCAGAAGUUGAGAUGGAAAAAGUAGAAGCAGUGGCAGAAGAGAUCAAAAAGGAGGAAAAAGAGGCCGGGCAGGGAUCACUUGAGGAGAAAGGGGAGGAGGUAGAGGAAGAAGGAAAGAUCAUGGAAAUGGAGAAAGACAAAGAUGAGAAAGAAGUUGAGGAGGGAGAAUCUGCUGUGGGAGAUGCAGAGCAGACGAAGGAUGCCUCGACUGACGAAGCAGCAGUGCUCGAAGAGGAGGACAACAGUGUAGAAGCCGUGGUUGGGGUCGAUACUGACAAGGCCGAGACUUCAGCAGCUGAGGUAGAAGAGAUAAACUCAGCUGCAGAAGUGGGAUCUGACACUGCCAUUGCUGAUGAAGAGGCUCGAGUUGAAGAUGCAUCUGUGGUGGCAGAGGAAGAAGCUCCACCUGUAACAACAAGAGCACUUAAGGGCAAAAUAAAAACGUCAUGUGCCACACCAUCACAAGGAUCCAGAAGACAGAAAGACCAAGGAGUAGUGGAGGCUCAAGAGCAGGAAGAGGAAACUUCUGAGGAGGAAGAAGAAGUGCAUCUAUUCAUUGAUGAUUCACCUCGAAGAUCCGUACGAAAAAGAACAAGAGUGGACUACAGGGAAACUGAUGAGGAGGGUGAGCAGGUUGAGACACAGGCAGCCAUGGACGAGGAGGGAGAAAAUAGAGUAGAAUCAGAUGUGGACAAAGACAGCAAGGAAGCUGAAUGUUCUUCAGAUACAGAUGACGAGGUAGACGAGGGAGACGAGCAGAGUAUGUCAGAGGAAGAGGAACCUAUAGUGAUUGGAAAAAGAGUUUUAAGAGGGAGGUCAAUUCCUUCAGUAAUAAUCACACCCAAGUCUAAAGCCAGAGGCCGCAGUGCGAAAUUGUCUAAUGAAGAAGAGAGUCCUCGAUCCGCUCAGAAGAGAAAAAAUACUGAGGUAACACCAGCUCGCAAAUCUAAGCGUCUCAGCAGAGUUUAGGAUGUUCUGAAUACUGUAAUACACAUUGACACAAACAUGCAUGUGGUAGCAUUCAGUCACAAAACUGGGAAAAUGCAAAAAAAAAAACAUUUUAAUGUUUUAAUGCAAUCUUCUGUAGUGUGCAGACUCACAAUGUAGACUGGCAAACUAUAUUUUUCAUCUUGAUUUAAAGCAAGUCUUAAAAUGUUCAAUAAUGAACAUUAACACACGUAUGGGUAAUGCAAACUUUGGAUACCGUAGAUAUUGCUGUGUAACCGGCAUUACUGAGUCAGCUCACUGACUUCGUGACUCUCCGAAGUGGCUAUAGAUAAUGAUCGGCAUUAUCCUUUUACUCUUACCCCUGGUUUCCACCUAGCGCAACGUUCCGGCUGCAACCCGUUUUUUUCGAUUUGAUAUAAUUGGGCUUGGGUGUUGCACGUUGGCUCUAUAGUGCCCCCAAUUACUUUUAACCUUUGAACGCAAUUUUGACGCCCUUAGUAUCAUCAAACUUGCAGAACUUGAGCACACAAACCUGUGAAGAUUGUGAGAAUAUAAAGCGAUUGGGUUCAUGCGUGUUUAGUGGGCCCCUAGAUGUGUGGAAGGACUUAAACAGAUAUUCACAAGAUUUUGUACCCACAUUUCUGUCAUAAUUUCGGACAUAUUUCACAUUGGCUUUCAUUAGCUUUGCACCGCCAUUUUAAUUUUCAUGUAUUUUAUGCAAACUUAUUCCAAUUCUUCCUAGAGGCUUUAUCGGAUUAAUUUCAAAUUUGGUUGGUAUAACCUUCCGACUAAUGUGACGCUAAAUAGCAAAGGCACAGUCGCUACUUUGAAGGAUGAUGUCAUAGGUCAUGUGACAGUAUGCCAUUUUAGGCACUUUACAGGUAUGUAACUCUUUGAAAUGCCUCCUAGAGGAUUCAACAGAUUCAUCUCAAAUUUGGAGCGUCAUGAUGGUAAAUUGCGAAGCAUUUGUGUUUUGUUACAUGUUCCAAAUUGACAUGGUAUGGUCUACACAUGAUAUACAGCAACAUGAGGUAUAAAUAGUUUGUGUUCUCCAGCGUCGCAUAGUGGACACAGGAAGUGGUACAACUUUUGCAAUAUGUCAUUUCCAGCGCCAUGCACGCUGGGAAUACCAUAUAACUUGUGUGUACGUAAAUGCACAGCUGCAUCGACCGGCGUCCCGCCAGUACCCCCAACGUGUGUGAAGGUGCGAAGGCCCGCUCAUCGCUGCGUGCACCUUUUAAUUGUUUUUAUUGUUGUUAUUUUGCUGUAGCCUACAGACAAAGUUAACGCAAGCAUCAAAAUGUUAGUGAAGUACUUGUGUUUUGUCCUCCUUGAUUUUGAAAUCUGGGAUGUGCUACCCUGUCACAUUUUUAUGCUCAUUGGACUUUGGGUCCAGCACGCCACCGUGAAUCCCAUUGUUGAAGCGCAACUUCCUUUACCAAAACUUAAUACAAGCAUCACAAGCAUUGUCUAGAGUGUCUGCGAUCAGCUCUGACGACCACGGCAUAGUAACGGCCGAUGGAAUCCAGGGGGUUACUUGUAACUAGUGGCCGCUGUGCGAAGGUUACAUAGUCUUACUUUAAAGUCACUGUGUCUGUGAUUCAAAAAUGUAGCUAACAUUUGAGUAUCUAGAGUGUUUACCAACCCACAAACUGUGAAAUAAGACAACCCAGUCAGUUUUUUGUGGGCUGCCCAGAUCAGAAAAAGUGAUUCAACAAGCCAUUCAGAUUUGGCUCCAACGCUGCCUAAUAUGUCUCCUUUCCUCUCUACCCCCUUCAUCUGGCCUGGGGACACUGUCUCGCAACUAUUUUUCUCCAGCAUGUGUUAUUUUUCUACAAACAAAAACCUAUGCCAUCAUGAUCACUAUAAUGACAUUCAAAUUCUACACAGUGUCCCUUUUUAAAAGACCCCCGGAACUAAACUGUGUGGUUUAAUCCUCAGAACAGUGAGACCAUGUUCACACUGAAUGUUAAGACUGCACAUUGAAGGUCUAUUGUUACUGCAAAUCUAUACUUAUUAAUCAACAUUUUUUAAAAGUGUUUUUGCCAUUUCCCAGUUUGUAUGUGAACAUCAAUUAUAUUUUUGAGUUAAAACACAAAAACAAAAAACAAGUUUGAUCAAAAAGAGACUCGAAUGGGACCACAUCGGAUUUCUUUUGACUGUUACUUAAAAGCCAUAAUUUGCAUUUUAACUUGAGAACUUUUACAAUUGAGGAAUUAAUAUUUUUAUAUUGUAAAAAUGUGAAUGACCAGUUUGCAUUGUGUAAUGCGAAAAAUCUCUCAAAUAUAGAUUUUGGUAUUUUUUUACUCAGCAACAUGCAACAAGAUCCAAUUAGAAAAAUGGUGAAAUAAAAUGAAUUGGUCUUUUUUAAAUUUGUGAAAUAUUCCAACAGAUAUUUUGUAUAGGUAUUUUGUGUACUUUGAUUAGAAAAAUAUUACCAAAAACAUGUUCUUGCUUUGUCACUAUCAGCAGAACUCAGGUCUUAAUAUUAGCAUGUUCUCUUUUUUUUUUCUUCUCCAUAUUCACAUGUAGAGAUUUUAACAUGGAGAUCCAUCUAAUAUGUAAUCACCUCACGUGUUACACUUAACUUUGUGAACCAUUAUACCCUAUAGAGAGGACAACUUUCUCAAGCCAUCAUGUAGUCAAUGUCCUCAAUCGUGUUUAUGUUGUUUUCAAUAAUGUGAUAUUAUUUAGUCUACAUUAUACGUUGUGUCAUCAUUGUCAAUUUAUUUUGUUGUUUGUAUCAUUUGGAAGCUAACAUUUAUUCAGCUGUGUGAUGUAAAACUGAUCUUUCACAAAAGUCUUUGUGCUUAUUAGCAGAUGCCUUUUAGGUCAUGUAAGAUCAUUAUUAACUCCAUUUAUUUUUCUGUGUGGAUGAACUUUUCUCUGUGAAGCUGUUUUUCCAUGAGCUGAAACUGUGGCAAAUAAAGAUUUCAGAAGGUA